AUGAAUCCGUCAGGUUACUAUAGUGAAGGUGAUGAUUAUUAUGAUAAUAAUGGUGAGGAAAAUCACGAUGAUUAUGUUAAUGAUGAAGAAGAUCAUGAUGGUUAUAAUAAUGAAGGUGUUGAUCAUCAUAACAUCAACGAUAAUAAUGAUGAGGAACAAUUUGGUGAUUAUAGUGAGGGUGAUGAUGUCGUUAGCGAAGAGGGGGAGACUAAUAGUGGAUGGGAAGCAGGUUUCAAUAAAUGGUACAAUGUUUAUCCAUUAUCUUACAUAGAAAAAACGAAUUUAGAGGUUGGUAACAAAAUUAUUAUGCCAAAAUCGGCUUUAGAAGAAUUGAUGGACAAAGGGCCUCAUAGUGUAAAAUUUUUGGAUAUUCGAAGCCCUAAAGAUGUACUUGAGAGUGCGUUUUGCUCUGGAUAUGCUUGUUUGACGGUUGGAGAUACUAUUGUUAUUAGGCAUGAGGGGAAGACAUUGUAUGUUGAUAUUGUUCAAGCUAUGCCAUCAGAUGCGGUUUGUGUAAUCGAAACUGAUGUAGAGGUUGAUUUUGCUCUUCCUUUGGACUAUAUAGAGCCUCCAAAACCAGUUUCCAAACCUCUUCCUAAGCCAGAGAAAGAUGUUAAAGAAUCCUCAAGUUUUGUACCGUUUAGUGGCAGAGGAAGGAGGUUAAAUGAGAGUAAUUACACGGCAAACGAAGAUUUAGCUGCUGUUGUAAUAUCAAAUACAUCGACCAAGCUGAGUUCGGAAACUUCAAACAUAGGGCAGUCACUGAAACCCCCUUCACCGGUAAAAAAUACAGCUUGA